AUGGAACUUGGGACUAUUGGUCCACUCACAUUAGAUUCAGCAUCAAAUUGUUCUGAUCUUCAUAUAGGUCAACGAGAUUAUCAGCCAUCUACUGUUAUACAAAAAGCCAACAUAAAUUCAACAGUCUGUGAAUUCUAUAAUCAAUCAGUAACAGAACAUUUAGAAAUACUUCAUAUGAAUAUUGAUAAAAAUAAUAAUGAUAAUGGUAAUUCAUUUAGUAAAAUCAAAUACAAUAACUACAUAUCACCAACAUAUAUCCCUUGUACAUUGAAUAAUAAACAUUCAAUUGAUCCAAUAGUGAUAACGAAAUCAUCAUCAGCUGGAUUGUUAUCAAAUGAUAGAUUAACAGAGUUAAUAUCUACCAGUCAUAAUACAUCUACAGGAGUCCAAACUAAUAAUUGUGUUCUAAGUAAAGAAAUAUCAUUGAACACAACUAAUGACAUAACAUCAACUGUACUAAUCAAUAAAUCGAUUUCAAAAAUAAAUGAAUCCAUGUACUAUAAUCAACAUAUAUCUAUGAAUAAACAAUUAUUGGAUGAAAAUAAAAGUCUUACAAGAUGUACCGUUAUAGAUCCUUCAAUGACUAUGGCAACAACAACAACAAUGAUGACAUCAGUACAUUCAAUGAAUAUCGCAUCGUCAACAUCAAGAGUAUUGGUAAGUGCAACGAGGACGACAACAACAACAACAGCAACAGUAACAACUUCUACAAUGUCGAGUGUAUUACAACAGUCAACUAUGAAACCGACUAGUAGAACACCAUCUCCACCAAUGUUAACAGCGAAUAAACAAUAUUUAUCAUCUGAAAUGGAAUUUUCUAAAUUUUCCAGUUUAUUAUCAUCUUAUUCAUCAUCUUUAUCAUCACUGAAUAACUUAAAUCAAAGGGAGAAUAAUGAUAUGGUUGUUAGUUGUCAUGAUACUAUGAAUACUGGUAUUACUCCAUGUCUAUCAUCUUCUCAAUGUAAAUCAGAAUUAUACAUACCUUUAUCAAUAAAUGAUUCUAUAAUAACUAGCAAAUCAUCAACCUCAGUUCCACCGUUUACAUCCUCCUCUUCGUUAUCGUUAUCAUCACCGUUGCAUCAAUUGAACCAAUUGAUAAAUGCAAAUGACUCUCCGCGUUCAAUACCAGACAGAUAUUUCAAUAAACUGACAAGUAUACCUGUAACCACAGUAACUGUAGCGGAAGGAAUGACUACAACGACUUCAUUAGGCCUUUCAGUACCUUCUAUACCGUUAAAUACUUCAUCUGUAGUCAAUAUAAAAUCUUCUUCACCACAGACCUCACCUUUGUUGACUAUGUCAUCAUCGGCAUCAUCGUCAUCAUCAUCACUGUCGUUGUCAUCGUCAUCAAUAUUAGGUUAUGCCAAUCCUGAAGUGAAUAAUACUAAUAUUAAUAAUGGUAAUAAUAAUAAUAACAAUAAUAAUGGUAACUCAUACGGACUGGAUCAAUUUAAUAAUCUAAGUCAUCUACAAAAUGCUCAUUUACUAACAGAUCUAGAAAAUUCUAAAUUUUCAAUUCAGUCCCAUCUAGAGCAAUUUCCAGUGAAUUCACUGCGUACAACUUGUGUUACUUUUUCUACGCAUACAACUCCAAGUAAUACUACUCAUAAAAUAAGUAGUGCAUCAGUUGUUCAAUCACAACAGCUCCAUCAUCACAAAGAACAACAAUUAACAGGAACAUCUUCAACAUUCAUGAAUCCGUUAUCGAUGAUGUACGAGAAUAUGAAUAUGAAAAAGGCUAUUACAGAUACCUACCACCACCAUCAUCAUCAUCAUCAACUCCACCCCCAUCCUUAUCAUGUUCAACAACAUCAACCUCAGACACAAAGACAUCACAUAAAUAGUCCAUAUUCGAAUAGUUUAUCAACGUCAUUGUCACUCCCAACACAGCCACCAUUACUGUCCAGUACUAAUUUACACUUAACUCACUUUCAAUAUCCAUUUAGCAGUGGUAAAAAUAAUGACACUACUACUACUAAUAAUAAUAAUAGUAAUAAUAGCAGCAGUAACACUAAUAAUAAUAAUAAUGGUCAAACUGAUCGAAUAAAUACUAUAUGUGAUGAAUUCCUGCCUUCAGAGUGUAGAUCUACAAGUGGAGAAGUACGCUCGAGGAAGAAACGUAAACCGUAUACACGUUAUCAGACUAUGGUUUUAGAAAAUGAAUUUAUGGGCAAUGCAUAUAUUACAAGACAGAAACGAUGGGAGAUUUCAUGUAAAUUACACCUAACAGAAAGACAAGUGAAAGUCUGGUUUCAAAAUAGACGAAUGAAAAAGAAGAAAUUACAAUCACGUAAUCAUCAUUCAACUGGAAAUAAUGCAUUAGCUGGUAGCCUUUCAGAGUCUGGCAAUGAAUUAUCUGGUAAAGAUGGUGUUGAAUGUAUGCUGGACGAUGGUGAAGAUGACGAUGAAGAUGAUCAAGUUGAUGAUGAUGGAGAGGAGGAAGAGGAGGAAGAAGAAGAUGAAGAAGAAGAGGAAAGAGAUGAUACUGAAGAAUUUGGAACUAGUAAUCCAUUUGAACGGCAUCAUCGUCUUCAUCAAAAUCUUCAACAUCAUCAUCAUCAUCAACAACAACAAUAUAAUCGGAUAUUGAAUAGCUUUGAUAGUCAUGUUCAGCAGUCUAACAACAAUACUAUGAAUAAUAAUGAUAUUAGUAUUAGGGGACAACUUAAACAAAUUGCAAUUAUGAAGAAAAUUGAUAAAAACUCAGAUACAACUACUAUUGAUGAAUAUGAAGAAGAUUCGAUAAAGAAUGAAAAACUUAAAGGGGAACAUGAAUUUUUGAAUAGUCUAAGUCCGGAUGUGUAUUCAAAUACACCAUCAUACUUUAUGGAGUCGAUUAAUGAAUAUACAAAUAGUGGUAGUAAUAACAGUGAUAAAAUUUGUAGUCGUAUGCGAUUCGAUAAAUUAUCCCAAGAAUUAUUUCAUCCAAUUUAUCAUUCUUCAAUCGAGAAUAAUCUGAUUAAUUCUGAGGUCAGUUUCAAUCCUGUUAAUGUGAAUAUGAUGAACAUGGAUAGAGAUCUUUUGUUGGAUCCUUUGAAAGAAUCAACAAGAAGUCAGUUGACCAACUCAGACCAAAACAAAUAUGCCGAAUGUCAUCCAGAUUGGUCAGUAGAUGAUAGUAAUCACAAUAAUAAUAAUAAUAAUAAUAAUAAUAAAAAUUAUGAUAUAAACUUCUCAUCUACAUUAGUACCAACAUCAAGAACACCUAUUAAACCAGUAAACUAUUUCACACAUUUACCACCAUCACCUAAGUGGAAUAUACAAAGAGAUUACCAUGCAAUCUGUUCUAUGUCGACUAGUCCAUUUCAUUCAGUAGCUAGUUCCAAGUUAAAUAAUUCAACACAAUGUCGUCGAUCUCAUCAGAAACCUGAUCUUUCUCUUCAUCAUCUUCAAGAACAGUGCUCAAAUAUAAAUCACUCCAUAUCAGAUGAAGUUAUCCAUAGAAGAGGAAGUCUUAGUGAAAGUGAUAUAUCAUCUUUACCAUUAAGUGAACAUAAUUUGUUGAACAAAGAUGAUUUUAUUACUGAUAAUCAAUCAUCUUUAUCUAGACUUCAACGUUCUAUGUUAUAUCCAAAUUCGUAUUAUUUACCAAAUCCAUAUACUACGGGGGAUUAUUUUCAAAAAGCAUUGAAUUCCAAUGAAAAUAAUUUCAAUUUAUUAGCCAAUUAA